GCUACCCGCACACUGUCAUGGCGUCCUCGUCUAAAUCCUCUAAAUCCUCUAAAUCCUCAUCUCACUGCUCUGCUAUCAAUUGCUCUAAUCGUAAAAGUAAACGGCCCGACCUGUCAUUCUUUAGGUUCCCCGCUAAAAAAGAAAGAUGUCAACAGUGGGUCCAGAAUACUCGUCGACAAGAUCUCCUACACCGAACUACGGAGUACUUGUCGGCCAACUGUUGUCUUUGUACUUUACACUUUGAACUUGACCAGUUUUCCAACAAGCAGACCAAGAACAGGCUAAAUUGGAAUGCAGUUCCAACGCUUUUUGACUUUCCUAACCCACUGAAACGUCUGUCUUCCCAACGCAGGUUACUCACGAGGAAGAGUGAGAACCUCCCAUCCUCACCAACGCCAUUAAAACAGCAAAGAGUGUCACACAACAUAGAGGCUGAACAUUCUUACUGCUCAACUACAGACAAAGUUCCUCGGGAAGAACCCAGCAGCGUUUCUACAACUCCUGAAACACCUGAUCGUCAAAUCGCACCAAAUGUAAAUGACAGUAGUGCUCUGGAGAACGAAAGACAGCAUACUUUCUGCCUCAAAAAAAGAGUACAACAGAUUAUAUUAUCAAUGGGAAAGAAUAAUUCCGAAAGUAAGACAAUUAGUGACUUGAUCAGAGGAGCUGGUGAAUUUUUACAAGAACCAGCACUGUCUUUCUUUGCGUCGCAGUUGCAUAAUGCGUCCGGACGUAGAAGUGCAAGAGGAAGACGAUGGAGUUAUUCAGACAAGCCGCAUCUGACCAAGCAGAUCUACAAGGACCACGGGCUGAUUGAGCCCAUUGCCGACUUCACCACCAGGCAGUGCCCAACUCAUAAGAAGAUUCUUGAGUUCUAUUGCGAGCAGGACCAGGAGUGCGUGUGUGUAUCCUGUACCAUCAUCGGGAAACACAAAUCCCACUCUCUCCUGAGUCUGGAAGUCGGACAGGAAAAGGUCAAGGAGAUACUGAAGGACAUGUUCGAGAACCUCCAUAAAGUGCAGAAGGAUUGGUCAAGUGAACAGCAAGACCUGAAGCAAUCAGAAAUUGAAUGCAAGAGAUUCAGUAAGGAGCUGAAGGAAAAACUGUCGGCCACGUUCUCUGAAUGGAGGAAGCAGUUGGAAGAAGAUGAGAAGUCCUCUCUGCAGAUGAUCGAUGAGGAGAUGCAGCGAGUGCUCUCCCAGAUCACGAGCGACUCUGAAUCACUGUUAAAAAAGAUGGAAGAUAUGAAAAUCAUAGAAAAGGAGGUCCAGGAUCAAGAGCAGAAGGAUCCUCUCUCCUUUCUUCAGGAUGCAAAGCAGCUUCUUUCAAGAUAUUCACAAUUUCAAACUUCCGAAAUUAUUGUAAGCCAACAAGCGGCAAUUCCUUUGAAAUCAAAUUUUGCCAUUGAAUGUGCACUUCCAGGAUUAUCUGGGCCGAGCAUCAGCCAGCCAGGAUUCGGACUACCGGCGAGUAGUGGUUUCUCAUUUGGUUUUGUUGGCAGUAAGCUUAAAACCACUGGAACCACGGUACAAAGCACUCAAGGACAACUCAUAAGUCAGCCAGUAUUUCCGGUGUGUAAUUCUGUACCUAGUUUUGGUGGCAGUGCACUUAAUACCACUGGAAACUCAGAACAAAGCACUCAAGGACUGCAAAUCAACAGUCGGCAAAUACUAAUUCCGGCAAGAAAACCUAUAUCAUCUGGUACGCUUAAUACCACUGGAAACUCAGAACAACGCACUCAAGGACUGCAAAUCAACAGGUUGCUUAAUACUACUGGAAAAUCAGAACAACGCACUCAAGGACCGCAAAUCAACAGCACCUCACAGCAAAAGUGUCACACCAUGAAUCUGUCCAAUAUUGCCUCCAUUGUCCAGAAGAACUUCAACAAAUAUCAGAAGUACCAGACAACUAUAAUGGACUUGCUACGACAAUCCUGCGAUACAGGACUCGAGACGUUAGGCGAUACAGACUCAGACUCAUCAGACUGAAGAAGUGUUACAACCUGAAAGGUCACCUAUUGCUUUUCCCAGAGACGCUGCCUGACCCGCUGAGUUACUCCAGUACUUCGUGUCUAUCUUUGGUAUCAACCAGCAUCUGCAGUUCCUUCCUACACAUUUUGUUUGACCAUUAUUUUCUGAUAUAUCAAUUUAGUCAAAUUGAGGGUAAACACAGUCCAAUCAGAGGGAUUAAUCAUUCACAGUGUGGGUCUAAUAAUCUUGGAUAUAAAAGGUUUUUGAUAUUGGUUUCAGGUGAAGGGUUUGUGUAUCUUUGGUGAGGGAGCUACAGGGGAUGGUGUCAAUGAGGCUGCCGAAGGAGGUUGUUGAAGCAAGUACCACAACAGAUAAAAGUGUAGAUUGGUUAUUUCCUACUAACCAAUUGUGCUUGGUAAUAGUUGCUCCACCUAAUAUGCGAUUCAUAUAAGAGCUUGCCUACUGUAGUGGCCAUUUGGCCUGUUUUGCAUGUCAUUGUGGAUGGCAUGUUCCUUUAAAUUUUAGCCAGCCCGUUAUAAUGUGGGUGGGAUUUUAUGACGUGUCUUGGGGCGUGUUUAUGCAGCUUAACUGCUUGCGUGUUAGUUUAGUUGGGGAUUCGUUUUGGACAGGAGAGGGAGAAGGUUUAUCCUUCGACCAGGUCAAGCAUGUCAAGUCCAGGUCAAGCAUGUCAAGCCUCAUGUGAAGAAGGAGACACGAGGAGUUUUCUAGUAUCUGAAGCAAUGCGCUGGAGUUCGAAGAAGAUUGCUGGAACAAGUCGGAAAACCUUGGAUGUAUCUUACUGUUUUAUAUCUACAAUAAAGAAAAUAUUCAUUAAAAGACUGUGUGCUGAAGCUUUAUAAAGUAGAAGCUCUGAAAGUCUCUGAGGCAGCUUGCAUGCGUACCGAAGAUAUUCCCCUUAUCCCCUCUCACCCAAUUAGUGGCUAGGGAGUUAAUUUCCUGAAAGAUCUGAAAAAUCUGCCGCUACACCUACGACAUUCAGUAUGAAUAGCUGCUAGGAACUGUAAUGUACUGCAGACCAAUGCUGUAAGUGAUCUUUAAUAAACAUGUGUUGUAUCUUGA